UGCAUGUCCUUUCUGAAGAAACAUUCUCAAAAUCUGAUAAUCAAAUAUCGUUGAGGCGGAUGGUCCUUUCUCGAAAUGCGUGGCGUUUAAAAAAAUCAUUCUGGUGGAAAAGCUUAGCUUACUUUAGACAGUGAAUGGUGAAUAUUUAGUUAAGUCCAGAUGUGUUCUCGGAAUCGGUCACAUAGUCAUCUUCCUGUUUCGCUGAUGUAUAUCUUAUGCUUUUGGAGAAAUACCGCAGUCGACAACUAGUCACACUUCUGUCACUGCAGUCUGACACGUGAAAAGGAAUGAAACAACCUAAAGCAGGCAUGGAGCAGCAACGAUGGGCGAAAAAGAGAGAGGACCAGGAGAGCGCGGAUACUUUAAAGUCUCUAACCAAAGACUUCUGUAGUUAUACAUCAGCGCAUGGCUUUGAGAGGAUCAUGUCAUCAAAACAGUGGAUUCGCAAGGCAUUCUGGAGUUUGUUGUUUAUUGCAGCCAUUGUGGUGUUAUGCCUUCAGAUUCUGACGCUCUUAGAGAAAUAUCGCAGUCGACCAUUGGUCACACUCGUGUCACUGCAGUCUGACACGAGCCUUCCAUUUCCCACUAUCACAUUAUGCAACUUCAAUGCCAUUAAGUACGACGCUCUUGAUGAAAGCAACUUCACUGAUCUCAAAGAGACGAUUAAGAAGCAAAAUUCAUCGUCGAACUCUACAUCCUCUAGAAAACGUCGAGCAACCGCCGAUGUGGUGCCAACCGAUUCCCCACCAAUCCCAAGAGACUCUUCUUCAGGUUACGGUGAUGAAUACAAUGAAAACGAAGAUUAUGAUUACUGGGGAGACGACGAGGUGGGAGAUCCAAACUAUCUUGAUGAAGAAUAUUUCGAAAGUGAAAAGGUUUCUCUUUUGUUGGCUGGAAAAGAAGAAAAUUAUCUUUCCAAAUUGGGUCAUCAGUUUAAAGACAUGAUUUUGUCCUGCACUUAUCGCGGCGUUUCUUGCAGCAAUUUCACAGCAAAUUUCUGGACUAAGUUUUGGCACUACAAGUACGGCAAUUGCUACCUAUUCAACAGCGGUUUGACAAGCUCGGGAUCUAACGGCCCCGUGGUUAAGUCAAACAAAGCUGGGCCCACACAUGGACUGAAUCUUGAGGUAAACGUGGAACAAGACAACUACCUCGAUAAAUUUACACCAGAAGCUGGUGUCAGACUUGAUAUUUCAAGUCAGGGAUAUAUGCCAUUUCCGAUGGAGAAGGGCUUGAGCAUACCUGUUGGGUUCGCCACUUCAAUUGGUCUAAGAAAGGUUAUGAUAGAAAGGCAAGAUCCAUUUAAUGACAAUCGAUGUCAUAAAAACUCCUCUAUUGAUAAGUCGAACUUGUACACCAGAAUGUUCAACGCCUCAUACUCAUCAACGGCCUGUAAGGAGUCAUGCUUAGCCAACAAUCAGUUUUUGCAGUGUGGAUGUAUGGAGUACAGAUUCCCUGUGGAUAAAAAUCCAGUUUGUGAUAUUACCAAUAAAACUACUAUUAGCUGUCUCAACAAGUUACAAAAGCAGUACCGGGACAACAAACUUAAUUGCAGUAGCUCGUGCCCGCCUCCAUGCAGCCAGGAAGAGUUCAAGAUUAGUACAUCGCUUGCUGUUUGGCCUUCGGUAAAUUACGAGGUAUUCUUCCAAGAUGAGCUGAUUAAGCGCGGGAAAUUCGAUUGGUUAGAUUUUGGCUCCCUCAGAAGAAAUGUAUUAAAGAUUCAGAUUUUCUUCGAAGAACUUAACGUUGAAAUGAUAAAGGAACAGAAGUCAUACGGAAUUGCAGAUUUCGCGUCUGACAUUGGUGGCCAGCUUGGUUUAUGGAUCGGUUUUUCUGUGCUGACAAUAGCUGAGUUCAUCGAAUUCAUCAUGUUAUUGUUUGCUCAUCUUGCCCAAAAGCGUACAUCGCGAAGCAAAGUCAAGUCAACCACAAUGGAAAUGAAUUGAAAAAACUCAAUCGAGAGCAACCAUGAUACUAAGCAUGCGUACAUUAAUCAUAAUCCUAAUCAUAUGUUAUUAUAUGCAGUCAAGGGUUUUAUAAGCUAAGAUGCAGAACGCACUGAUCUCGGGCGUCAAAGCUUCCAAAAAUAGAAUCAUAUAAAGGAUAAGGGGAUUUAGAAUCACUGCCUAAGUGAAAGAAAAAAAAAAUUUUUCUUAGAAUAAACUGAAAAAGGUAUGUUGACUUCGUAUCUUUUAGAAAACAAUAUAUUUAAACUUAUAUAUGUAACUCAAGUAGUUAUUAGAUGGGCUGAGGCAGGUUAGGAUUUGAAAUUGGCGGAAAUGUGAGCCAUUUAUCAGUUUCAACAUCAUUAAUCAGAGAGAGAUUUCCUUAAGUAGUUUCUUGUUGGGCUUAAAGCAGUUAAUAACAUACAAAAUGAGGUGGAAAUACAGCCGGUAGUGUUUUUUCGGUUGGUGUUUUAUUCCAUAUAAUUUACUAUUCAUUCAAUUCAUCCCAAUGUUUACAAAAAAAAUAGCACUAGAAGAAAAAACCACAUUCAAAGCAAACUACCCUACGUCUUCUUUAUAGCAGAAUGCUUAGGCUCCGGGGCGAAUGAGGCAACCGUUCAUCCUUUAAGUUCUACAAUAAAUAUGUAAACUACG